AGGUCAUGUUUGGUGUUGCACGUUGUAACGCAAGAGUUUACGUGUAGAAAAUAUAGCUCUGCGUUUGUUGUCUGUUUGAUCUUAAGACGUUUUGUGUGAAGUUAAGAAGCAUGUCCAUGGACCUGACGUUCCUUGGCACGGCUUCGUGCUACCCUAUGCCGAACAGAGGGGUUUCUUGCAUCGUUUUUAAGUCAGACCGCCAGUGCUGGAUGUUUGACUGUGGGGAGGGGAGUCAGACCCAGGUCAUGAAAAGCAGCAUCAAGGCAGCAAAAAUCAACAAGAUCUUCAUCACGCACCUGCACGGAGACCACCUAUUUGGCUUGCAAGGCUUCAUGUGUACCCUGAGUCUUAACCUGGCAGAGCAGUCUUCUCAGCAGACGUCUCAGCAGACGUCUCAGCAGACGUCUCAGCAGGCGUCUCAGCAGACGUCUCAGCAGGCGUCUCAGCAGACGUCUCAGCAGACGUCUCAGAAGACGUCUCAGCAGACGUCUCAGAAGACGUCUCAGCAGAUGUCUCAGCAGAUGUCUCAGAAGACGUCUCAGAAGACGUCUCAGCAGACGUCUCAGCAGACGUCUCAGCAGACGUCUCAGCAGACGUCUCAGAAGACGUCUCAGCAGACAUCUCAGCAGACGUCUCAGCAGACAUCUCAGACCCCCUCUGUGGAGAUCUACGGGCCCGUGGGCCUGCGGAGGUACCUCAGGGCGUGUCUGGAACUCUCAAGGUCGCCUAUCAGCUUCUCGUACGUUGUGCACGAACUUGAACCUGUGGAGGAGCAGCUUCCAGGAGACUGGGAGGACUGGCACCCAGAACACACCAGCUGUGGACCGCUCCAUCCUGGUGAGGGGGAGGGCAGGACCAUUCGGAGGGACGAGACAGGAGCCUGGCAUCUAUUUGAGGACAGCAGGUUUGUUGUGAAGGCUGGAGCGAUCUACCACAGAAUCCCCUGCUUUGGGUUCGUCAUACAGGAGAAGACUUUACCAGGCAAACUGGAUGCUGCUAAGCUGAAGGAGUUGGGAGUGCCUCCUGGUCCGCUCUACUCCAGGAUCAAACAGGGGGAGACUGUUACACUGGACAAUGGGCAGGUUAUUGAUCCCAAGGAUGUGGUAGGACCGAGUCGACCUGGAAGAAAAGUGGUCAUACUUGGUGACACCCAUGACCCUUCACCUUUGACCUCCCUGGCCCAGGGUGCAGAUGUCCUAGUUCAUGAGGCGACCCUGGAGAACAGCAUGAGGUCAAAGGCCAUAGAGGUCGGACAUUCCACUCCUGAAAUGGCUGCUACGUUUGCAAAGACGAUAGGAGCCAAAACCCUGAUCCUGACCCACUUCAGUCAGCGGUACAGACCACAGGGGGCAACACUGGAGAAAGGAGAGGAGUCUGUGUGUAAACUUCAGGAGGAGGCAGCAGCCGUGUUUGGGCCUGGUGAUGUCAUAGCAGCUCAGGACCUACAGACUGUACACAUACUACAGCAUAACUCUUAAG